AUGCCGGACUGCAUCCCCAACUACAAAGAUGCAUUCUGGUCUAUGUAUCGUUACGAGCCGUCGUUAGCGGGUGCCAUAAUUUUCUGCGUUCUGUUUGGCAUCACAGUAACCUUGCACGUCUUCCAGAUGUGCAAGACGCGAACCUGGUACCUCAUCGCGCUGGUAGUCGGGGGCUUUUGCGAAUGCGUUGGAUAUAUCGCCCGUUCCAUCAAUGCAACGGAGAAACCUGGCUGCUGGACCCUCGGGACUUACAUUGUGCAAAACCUUCUGAUCCUUAUUGCACCUGCCUUUAUGGCUGCCUCGAUCUAUAUGAUACUCGGAAGAAUCAUUUUGCUCACCGACGGGGAGUCGCACUCCUUGAUCAAGAGACGCUGGAUCACCAAGAUAUUUGUGACCGGUGACGUGCUUUCACUGCUUCUUCAAGCAUCAGGUGGAGGUAUGAUGGCUGUCGGCGAAAGCUUGCUCGAUGUAGGGGAGGACAUUAUCGUAGUCGGCCUCUUCGUUCAGCUCGCUUUCUUUGGGUUUUUCGUGGUUGUAGCAGGCAUUUUCCACAGGCGAAUGUCUCUCGUACCUACAGCCACGGCUUCGGACCCUGCCGUGCGCUGGAGGCAUUAUCUCUUGACAUUGUACGUCACGAGCUCUCUGAUCCUGAUCCGCAGCAUCUUUCGGGUCGUCGAGUAUCUCAUGGGCAACGACAGCGUGCUGAUGAGGUCCGAGGUGUACCUUUACGUCUUUGAUGCCCAACUGAUGGUGGUCGUGUUGAUCUGGAUGAAUUGGUUCCACCCCCACGUAGUCUACGUACUAACGCCCGGGCGAUACAACAAAGGAAGCUCCGUAGGUUCCGGGCCCGAUGAUACGGGUAAACUCAUUGGUGACUUCGAAAGCCACCUACUCUUCACAAUUGAUAAUAGCUCACUUUACUUCGACGUAUCGCUGCUGCCUUCUGCCAAGGUUGAGCUCUACUUCGUCGCCCCGAUCCGUCCGCGGUCCGCCGCACCUCCUCAGCCCGGGCCCGAUUCCGACUCCGUGCGUACGCCUGCAUCUACCCACGCUGUCAACUCGCCUCGAGACCCGACAGCUUGGUCCGAUCUUCUAUCAUCCACAGCUCCUUCAGGGUCUGUCCCACCAGCCGCCGAUCAUGCUCCACAAGAAGGCGGCGGAUCCAGCCCUGGCUCACCUCGGGUGGCCGAUUCGUCGAUGCGAGAUCUCGAAUUAAUGCAUCACUACUGUGUUUCUACCAGUAUUAGCAUGGCACAGCGCGAAGACUUGCGCUAUAUAUGGCGGGUUGUAUUUCCGCAGGAGGGUUACCGCCACCCCUUCGUCAUGCAUGGCCUUCUUGCAUUGGCUGCUCUCCACAAGUCGUACCUUUUCCCAGCGAAAAGACAGGAGUAUCUUACUCUAGGCGCCUCCCAUCACACACUAGGCCUAGAGACUUUCAGAGCCCACUUGUCAAAUAUUGGGGACGACAACUGGAGAGCCAUGCUAUGCUUCGCUUCCAUUGUCAUCGUUCAUGUAUGCUCCCUGGCAGCCCGGUCUGAAAAUGGAUGCAUUGCAGCGCCUAUUACGAGCACCUGGGAGUUUUUCUCCGUUGUACGAGGCAUAAGAACAACGUUGGAGGAGUUCACCCCCAGGCUCGUACGGACAAAUCUGGCUCCCCUUGUCUCGGCCAUACUCGGGCCGGAGGGGGGAGAUCCAUCAUGGGAGUGCAGCGAACAUGCUCUUGAGCAUUCCCCGCUUCCUCCUGACACAUUUUCCGUGCUGUCCUCGCUGCGCUCCUUUUAUGAGAACGAAGCAGUACUACCCCACCAAGAGGACUACGUCAAAGCCGCCUCCUUGCUCGAAACUACAUCACGGCAAAUUGCAAAUCACGGGCCUGACAUCGAGAUCGGAUGCGUGAUACUCUGGGCAUAUAUGAUUCCUCAAUCUGUGGUCCAAGACAUUCGACAAUACAGGCAUCAUGCCCUGCUCCUCCUGGCCUACUUCUCUGUGUUCCUAGCAACCACAGACAGGCGGUAUUGGUUCCUCCAGGGCUGGUCGAAACAGCUGUUCGACGAGGUGGAAAGGCGUCUUAGGACUACGCAGCGAUUCCAAGAAUGGCUUGAAUGGCCGAGGAAGAAUACGCGAUGA